CUGCUUGGCUGGAUUGCCUGCGCCGAUAGAAGUUUCUCAGUAUCGGAACUGCUUCAUGGCCUUGUGACAGAGGAAGGCGAGGAGGAAAUUGACAUGGAAAAUCUUCUUACGAUCAAGAUGAUCCUAAAAGUGUGUGGUGGACUUGUCAUAUCGAGUGCUAAAAUUGGCAAGGUUGCCAUGGUGCAUAGCACUGUCCACGAAUGGUUUCGAAACCGGGAAGGGGCCAAAUGGCACGAAGAUAUCGCUAGGUCAUCUCUCCGAUACCUCACUUUGAAAGUCUUGUCUUCCGGUCCUACAACUAGUGCUGAAGAGUUGGAGGUCCGCAUGAAAGAACUGCCAUUUCUUCGAUACGCGGCGCAGAACUGGCGCAACCACAUCUUGAACGAUGAAUUACUGAACGGUCUCACCAGUACCAUCGAUGUCCUGCUAGGAAAUGUUAAUCUAUGUUCUGCUGCAUUUCAAGUCAGCAACUUCCAAGGCCAGCUUAAGGACUUGGCGGUCCGUUCAGCGACUUUUGACACAAUUCCUACCGGUCAUAUUGCGUUGCACUUCGCUGCGUAUUGGAAUCUAGGAGACAAGGCGUGUCAACUAAUAGAUACAGGACAGUCGUUGAAUGCAAGAGACUCUCAGAACUGGACUCCGCUUCAUUGGGCGUGUUUUUCGGGCAGUCAACAGGCUAUCCAGGUUCUGUUUCUUCGAGGGGCUGAUACUGGUGCCAAGGACUCAGUGGGCUGGACGCCUUUAUUUUGGGCUGCAUUACAAGGCGAUACGAGCUCAGUUGAACUUCUGCUGCAACAGGAAUCAGACCACAUAGCUCGAGAUGUUCAUGGCUGGACGGUGCUACGAUGGGCAGCUGCCAGAAGACAGACGAAGGUGAUUGAGAUGUUGGUCAAUCAUUACCGGCAAAUACAGUCCCAAGACCGCCGGCCAGAUGGCUCUGCGCCCAAUGAUGUAGAGCCCCAGAAAGCUAUCAAUGAUGAAAGUCAUAAUGAUAUGGAUAUUAUUCGAAGAGACCUGAUCAAAGGUCUAAGUGACGGCACGACACACCGACAGGAUCAACCCGGGGUGUAUUUUGUUGACCUCUACCACAUGUUUUUCGAUAGAAAGCCGGACAUGGAGAAGUUCUGGGGCAGCAACUACUUUGAUCCUCCGGUAGGAAAUGCCUGGCGCACAAUGUGCAAGGCGACGAGGAUGAGACUGCCUUCCGAUGACAUCAACAACGCUGCCUAUGGUUUUAAGAAGCGUGAUUAUUCGGGUGGUGAAGGAAGAGGAUGGUCAUCGGGUUUGAUCCACGCCGCAAUCCGGGGUAAGAACUUGGUGGCUGUCAAGCUUCUUCUUGAACUGGGCGUCGAUAUCAAUGGGGGCGAGCUUCGAAAGCCGUUGCACACUGCCAUGUUCCACACAGACUCGGCCAUUGCAACGCUUCUGCUCGAGAAUGGGGCUGAUAUAGAAGCACAUGACCACGAGCACCUCACACCGCUUCAGCAAGCCGUUAUAAACGGGUUCGUGGAGCCGGCGAAGUUUCUAUUAUCUAUGGGUGCUAAUGUGAAUGCCGCCUAUACCUUUGGACCAUAUGAUCACCUUCAUUGGAUGGAUGGCCGUGAUGGCCCUGCUGUCAGGACGCCCUUAAUGCUGGCUUGCGGACUAGUGAAGAGUAGGGAUGUUUGCCUAGAGAUGGUUAAAAUGCUCCUUGACCACGGAGCGAGUGUUCAUGUAAAUGCUAAAGACAAAGGCCUCGCCGGUAUGUCAGUUUUGCAUUACGCCGCGAGCUCGCAUUUUCCGGAGCUGCUAGAGGUCGUUGUCAAUGCCGGUGCCGAUAUCAUGGUUACAGACAACUACGGCCGAACCUCUUUUCACCAUUUGGUGCUUGGUUAUAGGCAAAAUAAGGAGAUAUACGAUCGGAGGUGCGAAGACGCGUCUUAUGCACCGGCGUUACCUCCAAGCCCCGCGGCCAGCUGUUUGAGUAUUCUACUUUCAAAAGGUGGCCGUGAGCAUAUGAACAAAAGUGCAAAGUGGGAGCAUGAGUUUCGAAUCAACUUGAAGCGCGAAGAAUGCAGUGGACUUGGAUUAAAAGAGUGGCCUUUGUUUAGCCAGGAGAGAACCUACUCGCCCUUGGCUCUUGCUCUGAUUAAAAGGACAGGGAAUUGUUCGAUCAACUACGCCGAAGCGGCGCGGACGAUUGAGAUGAUGAGCCCGGACGCUAUUGAAUUUCUACUUUCGAACGGAGCCACGUUUCCAUUGCAAUUUAUCAACAAAUUUGAGAACCUUGACGAGAUUCUGCGGAAUCAUUGCGCUCGGUCUAGCAACCUGGAAGAUCUGGAAAAGGUCCUCGAAAUUCUGAUGCGGCAUGGCCUCGAGAUGAAUCAACAACUUCGUACGUGUGACUGGUCGGAAAACGGGCGAACCGUACUUUGGUGGGCAAUGUCCAGCAACUCAGUUGGGGUUGUCGAGGUGUUGACUAAACUGGGUGCGGAUCCAUUCAACGAGGAUGCUGAGCACCUGGACUGCUUUUUGAUCGCUUUCGUCAGACAGAAAUUUGACAAUUUGCGCUUCCUAUUACGGCUCUCAGAGACACAUCCUCAUGCAGAUCACUGGACGCAGCAAUUCGAUCACUCCAAGCUGGCGGGGGACUCGGAGAUGCUAGUAGAAGUGUGCCAAGCUUUGAAGAAAAAAGGGACUUUGAUAGACAUCGGAAAAUCUCUGCUCUCGAAAGCUUCGAAAUCUGGGCACGCACUUGCCGUAGGGGCACUCUUGCGGAUGGGGGUUCAUAGUGAGGCUGGCGACGGGGCCAUGCUUAUCGAUGCUGUCCAGCAUGGCCAUGAAGAUCUGGUCAAGGCGCUUCUGGACUUUGGAGUUGACGCCAAUACUGUCGGGAAAGACGGACGCACCGCUUUGCAUAUGUCAUCCCAGUUCGCGUCCAAGUGGCCCAUGGUGGAACAAUUGCUUGCACACUCCGCGGACCCUAACGUGAUAGAUACAUGGGGAUGGCAGCCUUUGCAUCUUGCUGCGGUACAGGGUUGCGUGAAAGCUGCUCGUAUGCUACUGGACGCGGGAGCAUCGCCGCGGGCUACCACAAGAGAGUUCAAUGACCAUCUUUUGAUCCCUGGGAUGCGCGUAGGGGAUUCUUGGAUCCUUACACCGCUUCACCUAGCUGUUUUUCAUGGCAACAUAGAGAUAGUCGAAAUCCUUCUCUCAGCGUCAUCUAAUAAUCAGUCUACUGCGAAUGAAGAACAUUUAUGGAAUAUGAGGACUUGCGCUGUUUCAUCUGUUGGGGAUCGCAUCUAUGAGCCUCCAAAGGGCCUUAUCGGUAUCACUGCCUUGGAAAUUGCUUUGGAUAAAGACUACCGCUUCGGAUAUUGGGAGCAAAGGCACAUGCAACUCCGAAUAGCACAAAUACUGGUGGAAGCAGGAGCUAUCCUAGACGGCGUAGCUCAUCGAUUGGGGUUUGAGGAUAAACACAUCUUCCUGGAUGAAGGCUUUGAAACGUUAUGGGAAGUGCUGCAUAGUCCUCAGAAACAGGCAUCAGUGAUGCCAAAA